UACCAAACCUCUGUGACAGUACAGUAGUUUAUCAAGAACUUUGAAUAUAUUCAACAAGUGGAAGUGCUUUAAUCUACAGAAGGCACAAUGUUAUGUUUAAAGAAAUUAUAUCGCGAAGAACUGUUGCAGCUCGCGCUGCUACUUUCUUUAUUACGAGUAGAUCCAGAAUCCUACCUUGGUUUGGAUAUUCAAACGAUUGGUGUAGGUUCAUUGGAUUUAAAUAAUGGAUCUGGGUGGCAUACUGAUGCUCAUACAAUAGUUCAUCGUCCUAUGUUCGUCCACCCAAAAAAUCUAGAUUCAGUACUUCUAAACUAUGAGAGAGAUUUAUUUGAAGACUUAAAUUCAUUAGGAAGAUACAACAGAAUGAAUUCCGGAUUAAAUGAUAUCCAUGCAUAUUUGUUAAAUAUUGAAGAGUCAACAAGAGAUACUGCCAUAGCGGGACCCAGUAUUUUGACAGAAUCAAGUAGAAAUUCAACGUCACCUGAUACACCAACUUCUUCUGAAAGUCCUGAUGAACCAGCUAAUACUGCGGAACUUACCCAAGAGGAUAUGGAUUUAAUCGAGGUGCUCUGGAAGCAAGAUGUCGAUCUCGGAUUCACAUUGGUGGAACCAACUGCCACCACGAAAAAAGCGUCCACGUCGGAGAAAGAAACCGAGGAUGACAUUGAGAAACUGAAAACUCUGGAAGCGAUCAAUGCGAACAACGAGAAGAAAGAUUCAAAAGACUUCACAACAAAUGAAGACGAUCCAUGGGCAGGUCUUCCCUAUACCGUCGAUCUUGAAACUGGCGAGUAUAUUCUCAGUUCCGGGAAACAAGGAGGGAGCUCAAGUACCGCGGCCGACGAAGACGAUCAACUUCUACGAGACGCGUCGCUGGAUUUAGAGAAUCACCCCUUGGUCGGAUUAACCGAUGAUGCUUUGGGAUUAACCGACACCUUAGAGCUCGAGAAUGAUUUUCCUUCGGACUUACUCGGAGGCGGUCUCUUAGGAAGUACCAGUGUCGAAGGUCUCCUCAAUAACGACACUCUCGGACUUCCCGACGGAUUCAAUCUUGAGGAAGCGCUACAACUUGUUGGCCUCGAUGAGGCUCAAACAGAGGAAAAGAAGCCGGAAGUGAAGAAGAAGAAAGACGACAUUGCCGAAGGGCCUACAAGUGCAAAGGGCGAGACGGCCGUUACUACCUCAAGCAACGUCGAGGUCGCGAAGUCAUCCAGGUGCGAGGAUCCUGAGACUGGCGACAUGAUUCACACACCACAAUUUCAUCAUCCCCAUCAUCCGCACCAUCGUUCCUUCCAGGGUCGCAUGCCAUUCGUGCGUGCAAUGAGCAUGGAACAACGGUGGCAAGACUUGGCAUCCCUUUUAUCGCUACCUGGUGCACCAGACCACUUUGCACAUCCUGCACACCCUGGAUACCCAGGGCACGGUAUAAGUCACAGUCAUUAUGAAGCUCAACGUAAUGUAUUGCUUCAUAAUGCCACUCUGGCUCCACCCGUGGGCGAUCUUAAUUCCACGAGUCCCUAUCAUAAUGUGGGUGGAUCGUCAAACCUGGGUUCAGCGGUGGCAACAUCAAUGAAUUUGACAAACAGUAGCGAACCGAUUGGUGCAGAAAGUGGUGCAGCAUAUAAAUCCGAACCGGCCGAAAUGAUGUACUAUCAUACAACAACAGCAGACUCGAUUAACCAGACCACCGAUGGUUUUCUCUCAUCUCUCCUUAACGACGAAGAUUUACAUCUGAUGGACAUGGCCAUGAAUGAUGGUAUAUACACAAUGCGAAUGUUGGAUAAUGGUAGCAAUAAUGCGUCUGGUCCAACGGGAGCAACGGCCUUGUCGGGAGUUCAGACAGCUGGUGGUACGACCUCUUCGGCAACAGGCGUUACCACACUUCCGGGUGUAACAGACGAAAGGAUGGAUGCAUCCAGCGAUAGUGCUGUCAGUAGCAUGGGCAGUGAACGAGUACCAUCCCUUUCGGAUGGUGAAUGGAUGGAAACUGGAUCUAACUCUAGCCACACACAGGCUGAUUCUCAUUACUCUAUGGACUAUGCUAGCAAAUAUCGAAUGUCGUACGACUGCAGCUACUCCGUUUCCGGAAGAAAUGGCGGUUCCCCGAGAUGUCAGACAGAACGUACUAUGCCUCCAGUUGCCCAGAAAAAGCAUCAGAUGUUUGCAAAGCGAUAUUUUCAAGAACAAGGUACAGGUUCGCCACUCGGAGCUACAGCACAUCCGACUACACCGAUGAAAUACGAAUACGAUACGCAUACAGUUGGUGCCGGAGCUCCAGGAAACGCUUAUUCGGGACCAAUCGAGGGUGCAGCAGGACCACAACCUGAAAUGAAAUACAGUUGCAGCGUAGAUUUCACUCGGCAUCAAUCAGGACGUUCUGCUAUAGAACACGUUCAUCAUAAUCAUACGUAUCACUUACCCGCCGAAAGUUCUGGGUCCCUUCAACGUCCAGUUUCACGCGAUAAGAAAGUACGUAAAAGUGAAGGUGAAGAACAUUUGACCAGGGACGAGAAAAGAGCCAGGGCGUUGAACGUGCCCAUUCCGGUACACGAUAUUAUUAAUCUUCCUAUGGACGAAUUUAACGAACGUCUUAGUAAAUACGAUCUCAGUGAAGCUCAAUUGUCUUUAAUACGUGACAUAAGAAGACGGGGCAAGAAUAAAGUUGCCGCUCAAAAUUGCCGCAAACGCAAACUAGACCAAAUUAUUAGCCUUGCCGAUGAAGUAAAGGAAAUGAGAGACCGUAAGAUAAGACUUAUUCGUGAACACGAAUUCAUGCUUCUUGAGAGGCAACGCGUGAAGGACAAAUUUAGUCAACUUUACCGUCAUGUGUUCCAAUCUUUGCGUGACCCUGAUGGAAAUCAGUAUCAUCCAUACGAAUAUAGUCUUCAAUUGUCUGCAGAUGGAAAUGUAUUGUUAGUGCCAAGAAAUCAGACAAAUCCUCAUCAUCCGCGUUCUACAACUAUGGAGCCGAAGACAAAGCCUAACCCAGAACAUAAGGAAUGAAAUUGUCAUGAAAUCACAUUUAAAAUAUUAUUUUCCUCCUAUGAUGAACGCACUUAAAGUGUUAUAGAUGAAGACAGACGCGGUGCUGAGAAUGAAAAGUACUAAGGGUUAUUAAAUACAAUAAUAUAAAAACAGUUCAUCCUGAAGAAAGUUCAGUG